UUGCGAAUUGCAGUGUGACGUCACGGAUGGCCAACAAAGACAGGAGUGUUUGGAAAGAUGUGCCACUUCUGGCAGCGAUGCAGAGCUUCGAUUUCCCCAGGCUCUUAGAUGCAGUGACGUCGAUAACUGGAGAUUGGAGGGAAACUCUGUUGACAUCUACUUUUGCCGCUUUGGACAUGAGGGAUUCCCUUAUGAAUCUGGGAGAAAGAACAUUGAGUAUAAUGAAGCAGAUGGUUCAUUCACACUCUUCAGGUUACAGCAGUCUGAUGAGGGACUGUAUGAAAUAUGGCAUGGCCAUUACAGGAGCAUGUGUGUUGAACUUGUUGUGAGACCAGAAGAAAACAGCUGCAAAGAAGCACUAGGUGGUCAAAAUGGUGACUGGACUGUACCUUCAGACUCAGCCGACAGUGGUAUCAUCGCUGCAAUAAAGGUAAUUGCAGGUCUUGCUGUUACAAUUCUGAUUUUUGCUGUCUUCAGUUACUGGAUCAUAAAGAAGAUUUCUAAAUGUAAAGAAAGUGUUCCACACACUAACUCCUCUGACUGUAACGCUCUGAUAUUUUACAUUUGUCCUAACUACUGGCUUGCUGAACAUAAGGAUUCCUCUCGGGUCAUGAGUAUUUGGUCUUAUUUGGAACAAGUUCUAAAUGUUGUGGGGCAAAUGUGCUGCUUUGUACAUUGUUUGCGCAGUUCUGAGGUCAACCAAAUCUUUAAAUUUGAGAAUAUUUAAUUUGAUAAAAAAGUGAAUUUGAUGGUUCUAUUGAAGUAGUUUUAUUUAUUAUCCUUAUUGCUCUUUUUUGCAGAAUGUAGAUUGGAUGAGUGUGUGUUUUAUACAUGUUUACCCACACUUCUACACAGUGUGUCAUGUACGGCAGUAUAAUAGAACAAUAGAGAGUAUAUAAUGAUGUUUGAUUUAUGAGAUCCUUAACCUUAUAGAGAAUUGCCAGAGACUUCGAUAUUUUGGCUUUGAUAUGAGUAAUGUGGGGAAUCCAGGAUAGUUUGUGAUGUAUUAUCACACCAAGGAAUUUUAUUUCAGAUACUCUGUCUAAUUCAGUGUCAUUUAUUGUCAGUUUACUGUUAGUAGAAUAUGUGCGAUUCCCAAAUAUUAUGAAUUUUGUUUUGCUCAGGUUCAAUGUUAAUUUAUUAUGGUCAAACCAGGUCUUCAGAUUAUUUAAUUCAUUUUCUAGCUCAUUCAGAAGUUGUUCCAAGUUACUUCCACAGCACAGUAAGUUUGUAUCAUCCGCAAAUAAUAUUAUUUUCAAAGACUUUGAAAUAGCACAUAUCUCAUUAAUAUACAAUAUGAAAAGCAGCGGCCCCAAAACUGAUCCUUGGGGAACCCCACACACAACAGGUUUCAGUUCUGACUUCAUGGCAUUUAUUUGGGUAAAUUGUUUACGGUUUUUAAGGUAACUGUUAACCCAUAAUAAUGCCACCCCUCUGACCCCAUAUGUACAUAGUUUGUUAAGUAAAAGGCUGUGAUCAACUGUAUCGAAUGCUUUCUUUAAAUCUAAAAAAACUCCGACAGCAUAUUUUUUGUUAUCAAUAGCAGUUGUUACUGUAUCUAUAAACUCCAUUAAGGCAUGCCUUGUGGUCCUUUUGGGUCUAAAUCCAUACUGCUGUUCAUAUAGUACAUUGUUUUUUAUGAUAAAGUCAUAUAAUCUAUUGUAAAAUAUUUUUUCCAGUAUCUUAGAGAACUGCGGUAGAGAUGGGCCGAUAGUAAUUCAAUCAAUAAACCAGACAUUUCCACUGUUCAUGCUGUUGCUGCCUUUUGAAGCAUUUUAAUGACAAAUAAUGUGGCUUACUCCAUAGACCAGACAGUUUAUCGUUGAUGUCCUUCGUGAUAUUACAGUAUUUAUUAAUGGAUGCAGGUUGUUGUCAACUUUGAACAUCUCUAACCUGAGGUGCAUCAAUAUAUAGACAUGCUGUAACUUAAGGUUUAAAUCAGUAAUUAUAUUUUUGUUUUUACUGAAUACUAACCAUCUCAACUCUGUUUUUUC